AUGAUUGCUAAUAAUUUAAUGCUUAUAAUAUAUGUUCUCGUUGAACUUCAUAAAUUUAUAGUGCUAGCUUCACCUCAAAAUUGUUUGACAUUAAAUACAGUUGAUUAAACUAAGUGCGAUGUAUGUCUUAAUGGAUUCUUUCCAUAAUAAGACUAAACAGGAUGUAGUAAUACAAUUUCUCAAUGUGUGCUUUACUCUGGAAGUAAUUGUAUUUAAUGCCAAGCGGAUUAUGGUGUAUUUAACUAAAUAUGCGUUAAUAAUAUUCCUUUUUGUGCAUUUUAUCUCAGCUUAUCUAAGUGCUAAUAGUGCCACACUGAUUAAGGUUAUUCUAUGAAUACAACAGGAACUACUUGCUAUAACACUAUACCAAAUUGUUAGCUCUACUCAAGUAGUUCCAUAUGUAAAUAAUGCAAUUCAGGUUAUAGUCUCGCUUCAGACUUCUCUGCUUGCUAUCUAGCUCCAGUAAAAAAUUGCUUUUAGGUCAGCAACAAUGAUAAAUAUACAUGUGGAUUGUGUGAUUCUUCCUUUUAUCUCACAACUUAGAAAAGUUGUCAAUAAUGCUCAGUGCCUUAUUGUUCUGUAUGUAACGCUGAUGGAACUUGUUCUUAAUGUAUCAACAAUGCUUAUACUCUUUCUAACGGAGUUUGUGUCUGUAACCAAGGUUUUUACAAAUAAUAAGAUUUUACAGCUUAAAAUUCUCUUUUUACUUGUUAAGCAUGCUCCUAUAAAUGCGCUUCUUGUUUUGAAUAUGAUGUAUGUACAUCUUGCUCUGCAAAUAGAACACUUGAUAAAAAUUGUGAAUGUCCAAGCAAUUAAAUUACUGAUUUAGCAUCAAAUGAUUGUAUUAGUUGUAAAUUAGGGUAGUAUAAAAUUGGAAACUAAUGUGUCACCUCUUGUCCUAAAGGCUAUUAUAAUAACUAAUAUCUCGGAGAAUGCACAAUAUGCAGUUCAAAAAGCUCAAACCAGUAAUGUUCUAAUUUGGUUUUAGCUAGUUUAAAAUACAAUGAAUAGUCAUAAGCAUUAAUACUGUUUUCUGAAACAGUUAAUUUGGCUUAAAAUAUUUAAUAAGUUGAUAGUUGUUUUAAUAUCUAGCUUAUUAAUCAACAUGAAAAUUUAGCCUAAUUGUAAGUAUCAUUUACUUAGUUGGAUGGCUAAACUUUCAGAGUAAGCUUUUAGCAAAACUAAUUUUAUACAGAGACUAAAGUUGUUAUACAAAGUAUUUUUUAAAAUUGCUUCUAAACUUCAGACGGCAAGCUGAUAGAUUAUCAAAUUAAUCUGAAUCCAGAUUCUAUUAUUUUAUCUCCAGAAGAGAAUUUUCUUAGCUCUCCGAGCACUUUUAACAAGGGAAUGAAGAUUACAAUUUAUAUUCUAGGUGCUUUUAUUCUUUUUUGUAGUUUUUUUGGAAUAAAAAUUUCAUCAACUAUAACAAUAGAAGCGAUUUAAGUAGUUUUUUGUCUUUAUUUUGUUGAUUUGUAUAUUCCUUUCCACCUUCAAAGCUUAUUUUAAGCAAUAGAUAUAUUCAACUUUAGAAUAUUGAACUAUAUCAUGAGCGGAUUUGAUGGCUUAGACUUAAAAAGGGAUGACUUAAUUUUUCAAUACUCUAUAAAGGAUCAGGUUCUAUCUGGAAGAUUUUUCUAAAGAGGGUUUUAAGUUUGCUCCUUCUUUUAUAAUGGACUUACAUAUCUGUUUUUGAUUAUACUUUUUUAUGGGAUUUACUUGUUCCUCACUAAUACAUUUUUAGCUCCGUAUGAUUAUCCACUGGCUCAGAAUAAUAAAGAAGACUCAAAUAAAAAAAGCAUUUAACUUUAAAAAGAUAAAAGCAAUGUAGAAGAUAAGAGUUAGCUUAAACCAUUAGAAUUAAACUUAAAAAGUCCUAAAGAAAAUAAUUUUCUAAACUCAGAUUCAUUUUAGCUAAAAUAAAAUGGUUAAAAAGAAAAUGAUAAACUAUUUGAUGUAAAUAAAUAUGAAAAGGUCAAUUUCUAUCUUUUAUAAAUUUCACUAAAUACUAUUAAAAUAUCUUAUGUUCCUCUCUCGUUUGCUGCAGGGCUAUAGUUGAAAAAUUACUCUUCAGCUGAUCAGAUUAAUUAAUUUUCAUUUUUUUGUGCUAUGCUAACUCUAUUGUUAAUUGCCUAUACAUUUGGCGUUCUAAUGUACAGAGACAUAAAAAAAUAUGCUUAAAAUAUGUAUGAAAGAAAAUAAGAUCAAAAAGAAUACACCUACUAAGUGUCUGAAUUGAACAUCAGAAGUGCUGUUUAAAGAAAGAAUAAAAUGGAUUAAUUAAAAUUAAUUUAUCCAAUACUCUAAGUUUUUUCUUAUUCAAUAAUAACUCUGCUAAUUACAUGGCUUUAGGAUAUUGCAGAUAUACUUUUAUAUAUUCUAAUAUCAACAAUUAUGUUAUUAAUUGUUGUUAAUAUGUAUUCUCCAUUUACUAGCUUUAAAGCAAACUUAAUUCACUUCAUUAGCAAUUUUUUCAUUUUAAUUAUAUUGGUAGGAUAAUUAAUAAUGAGAAAUCUAUACAAUUAAAUAGAAAAUAGUUCUAUUAUCUCAACAAAAACAGAUUAUUUUAAUUCAAUUCAAUAUGUAGCUAUAUUUUUAUCUUCAACAAUAUUGCUAUUUACUUUAAUAUCAAGUUUAUUUUAAGCAAAUAACACAUAUUAAUACUUUAAAAAUGGGUUUUCUGUUGAUAAUGUUGCAGUUGUUCAUCCUAUUCCAAUAACAUCUCCAACUAAAAAUGCAAUCAUGACUUUUGAAAAUAUUGAUGAAAAAAAUCAACUCAAGUCCCCUAAGCAAGACAUACCAAAAGUUCCUAUAAAAGAAAAUAUUUCAAGGAAGACAUCUUUUCUAGAAAUUAAGAAAGAUUAAACAAAUCAACUUAGGAGGCAGAGCACACUAAGUCAAAUGCAAACCUAUGAGCAAAGUACUUAAUAAAAGUAAAUUUUUGUAGCACCUAGGAAGAGUCUUCAGGUCUUAAAAUAAAGCGAUUUUAAUAGUUAAACAGCAUCUUAGUCUUCAUUUAAUGAUUAGUUCUCUACAAACCCAAGCUCAAUACAAGUUAUAGAACUAGAAGAUAUACAAAAAUUAGUAAGAGAAAACAAAAAAAUGGAGCAAAAACUAGCUCAAAUAGAAAAAAAAUAAUAAUAAUUAAUAAAAAAAAUGAAUUAUUCUUCAGCUAAGCACAGCUUAUAGAAUAGCUUUUAAUCUUUAGAUUAAGAUGUCAAAAGUGAUGAAGAAGAGCCGAGGAUAAAGAAAAGGAGCUAAAAUUAAUCGAUAGAAACCAUAGAAGAAGAGGAAGAACUUAGUUAAAAAAAUGGAAAUAGAGGAGAAAGAAGAAAAAGAUAAAGCCAAGUGCUCUAAUAAAUCCCAUAAACACCACCAAGUUUAAAGAGAAUUUAACAUAUGUAAACUAAUGUAUUCCACUUUGGAGAUGACAUUAAACUUGAUUCAAAAAAAGAUGAAAAAAUACAAGUAAAGGAAGAAAGAUAGCCUAUCAUAAAAUAAAACAAAUUUGAUAAGAAAAAAUCUAAAACUAUGAUCCUUGAAGACGAUAAAAAAUAAAUUUUUAAUUAUGGCAGCAAAAUUGAAAAUUCAAAUUAAAAAAUGCUUAUAAAAAGCGAUUCUCCAAAUAAAUAAAUUUCAGAGAAAUCUUCCUCAUCCUCUUCUAAUGAAGAAGGUGAUGAAGAUGAUUUAAAUUUUUGGAAAAAUACUCGUAAAGAAUAACUAAGGGUUAAUAAGUAAAGCAGAGCACAAUCCUUACUUUUUAUUAAAAAUGAGUGA